CGAUACGAUAAUGGUCGUGUUGUAGUAGGGCAAUAUUGUACUUUCGUCUUUCCUGUGGGGAAAAUAUAUUUAUUUGCAAUGUGAAACUGAACAGACAUUACAAGUUUAUUUCUUUCAAUUUCACCAGUUUUGUCACUUAUUUUUAGUUGUAUUUUGACUAAGAUUGUUAUCUUUACUUUUAUUUAUUGAGUGCUAGUCAUUCGAAAAUAUUGUGAUCAAAUUAUGGCAUAUCGAGUUUUGUUAGUUUUUAUUUUAACAAUAAUAUGUGUAAGGACCGAAGAAAAGGCGUCACGGAUGUCGAAGACUGAGCGAUUGAACCUAAGAGAGGAGGCACGGCACAUGUUCUACCAUGCAUACAAUGCAUAUAUGGACAAUGCAUAUCCUGCUGAUGAACUCAUGCCACUUAGUUGCAAAGGAAGAUGGAAAGGAGUCACACCAAGCCGAGGAGAUAUGGAUGAUGCCUUGGGAAAUUUCUCCCUUACUCUGGUGGACAGUUUAGACACCUUGGCUGUUAUGGGCGACUUUUCGGAGUUCAGCAGAGCGAUAAAGCUUGUGGUCAAUGAUGUUACCUUCGACCACGACAUCAUUGUCUCCGUAUUCGAAACGAAUAUCAGAAUGCUCGGGGGUCUGCUGUCAGCACACGUGCUCGCGAUGGCUCUGAAGAGCGACGUGCCGGCGCUGCAGUGGUACAAUGGAGAGUUGCUGGCGAUGGCGGAGGACUUGGGGCGGAGGCUGUUGCCCGCCUUCAACACCUCCACGGGGAUACCGCACGGCCGGGUGAACCUGCGGCACGGGUUGCGCGGCAUGGCGGAGUCGCGCGAGACGUGCACGGCGUGCGCCGGCACCAUGAUUCUGGAGCUGGCCGCGCUCUCCCGCCUCACUGGCAACCCCGCUUACGAACAGAAGGCGCACAAAUCCAUGGACCGGCUCUGGAAAAUUAGACACAGAACGUCAGACCUUAUGGGCACAGUGAUAAAUAUUCACUCAGGCGACUGGGUGAGGAAAGACUCGGGCGUGGGCGCAGGUAUAGACUCCUACUACGAGUAUUGCCUUAAGGCAUACAUCCUGCUUGGCGACGAGAAAUACUUGGCCAGGUUCAACAGACACUACAACGCCGUCAUGAAGUACAUCAGCAGAGGUCCCGUUAUGCUGGCCGUUCAUAUGCACAGGCCGCACCUGCAGUCGCGCAACUUCAUGGACGCGCUGCUGGCGUUCUGGCCGGGGCUGCAAGUGCUGCUGGGCGACGUGCGGCCUGCAGUCGAGACGCACGAGAUGCUCUACCAGGUCAUGCAGCGGCACACCUUCAUCCCGGAGGCUUUCACCUCUGACUUCCAGGUGCACUGGGGUCAACACCCUCUAAGGCCGGAAUUCCUGGAGUCGACAUACUUCCUCCACCGAGCUACCGGAGACGACCACUACCUUCAAGUCGGGAAGACCGUGCUCAAAGCCCUGCAACAAUAUACUCGCGUCCCAUGCGGGUACGCAGCCGUCAAUGACGUCAGAACUCGCGUACACGAGGAUAGAAUGGAUUCCUUCGUCCUAGCCGAGACGUUCAAGUACUUAUACAUGCUGUUCGGAGAAGACAAAGACUUACCUGUAAAAUUAGAAGAUUACGUUUUAACCACUGAAGCCCACUUCUUGCCACUGUCACUAGCAAUCUACGGGAAGAACGCGUCGUUCUACAACCUGAAGUUCGAUGACGAUGACGAAGAUAAAUACAGAAAAACAUGUCCGAACACGGCGUCCCUGGUAGCAGAGAAGGUACGGCAACCGAUGCGUCAGCUGUUGGGGUCAACGGCCGCGCGGCCGCCGGCGCGCCUUCGUCCGCUUAACGAUCCGCGCCAGAUCCACGCGCUCGCUGACAUGGGCAUCUCUGUGCUCACGCUGCCCGACGGCAGAGUGCAACUGCUUUACACCACCUCCACAGCUAAAUCAGCAAAGGACGCCGCGGAAGGUCUGACGUUCAUGCGUGAGAUGUCUAAAUGGAACUCGCUGAGCGACAUGGAAAACGGUGUGAUCCCUGUAGGCGUUCGCGUUAAGGACAAGCUGGUGGCGGGCGGGCCGGCGCACUUCGGGAAGGAGGUGACCCCCGCCGACCGGCACGCCGGCACGCUCGCCUACGUCGACCCGCUCGACGCCUGCUCCCCUAUACAGAACUCGCAAGACGUCAAAGACAAAUUUGCCAUCGCCAAACGCGGACAAUGCACGUUUGCUCAAAAAGUCCGUAACAUGCAAGCUGCCGGUGCCAAGCUCGCCAUCGUCCUGGACAACGUCGCCGACUCCACGCACGAGAACACCGCGCUGUUCGCCAUGUCCGGUGACGGUAAAGAUGACAUCGAAAUACCAGCCGUAUUCCUAUUUUCUCAAGAAGGGGCAUAUUUAACAAAUGCUCUAAAAGAUGAUCCACAAUUGAUUGUAACUGUGGGUGAAAUGAAAUCGUUAAAGAGGCAAUUUGAUAAUAACUGCGAGGAGGGCGCCUGCGAGACCCUCCUUGAAGCACCGGAGGCGCCCGCGGACAAGGAGUCCUUCGAUCAUCUUAAAAAAAUACUGAGCCAAUUAGUUGCACAAUUUGAAUUGUCGCUGUCUAAUGAAGAAGCGGUACAAAAAUCAACAUGUAAUAUAGAACCUACGGAAAAAGUGUAUAUUUCGACUAAUAAAUUUACAAACGAAGAUCACAAAAUAGACAGUAGAAGUUUAAGUUCAGUGAAAAGUGAAUUGAAAGGCCCGGUGCCACCUCUGAAAACAGAUAAAAGUGAACCAGAUGUUGUUUGACAUCGUCGGAACGGAAGCAAUGACUGUAUAUAAAGAGUUUUAUUAAAUAAUCAAAAUGAAAUGUAUAAAACAUGUACAUAAUAAUUGUAAAGUGUAAAGUAAGGUCAAGAAUUUUUGUGCCUUUAUCAAUAUCUGCCACUGAUGUAUAAUUUAAUUCAACAUACUUUUAAUCUAUUAUAUUUUGACAUGCAUAAAAGAGAUAUUUGAUAGUCUAUUUAGUUUUAUAUCAAAAUUGGGUUAUAUAAUAAUAAAUUAAGAAAAGAUACCAUUUUUAAUUUCACUUUUAUUAUUACAAAUUAUUUACAACACAUGUCCUUAAUAUAUAUUUAAAUAUUGAAAAUCUUACUAGAUUUCAUGUUCACGCUACAGCAUGUUGUCAGUGUGGUUUGUUGUAUUUGGCUUAUCACUGUUACAAAACAGUGUUCCGAGCCAACGGCUAAAAUAAUUAAUUAUAAAAAAAUAUUGACACAUACAUUUUUAUACCGAUAAAUUAUUAUUAAAUAAAUGCAUCUCGGAAUGUCGGAUGACUAGUUUUUAGUUUA